CCGCCUCCGUGGGGCGAUGCUGUGAGCGGCGCUCGAGGCCAGUGCCAACAUGGCGGCGUCCCCUGGGGACCCCGGCGGCUAUUUCCGGAGCACCAGCCGCUUCUGGAUGGGCGCCAUCGCCAUCUCCAUAGGCUACUUCGCUUGGGCAGUCUUUUUACCUUCAACAAUACCCUACAAGAAUCUGGGACAAUUUGGCCAUUUUACUAAAUAUUUAGUGGACAACCACCCCAAACUGCUAUAUAAUGGGUUUUGGCUUGCCUGGGGAAUUCAUAUAGCUGAAGCAUUGUACAGUAUCAAGUUAUGCAAGACCAAAGGCAUCACUGACAGCUCUGUUCAACGUCGAUGGUUCAUCCAAACCUUCCUCUUUGGUAUAGCUUCUCUCUCCCACCUGCUAGCCUACAAGCCUCCGCCUAAGAAGCAGAGAUAAAGGAUUGGAAAAGAGGCAAAUAAGGCUAAUAUAUUUCAACCUUGUUCUUAGAAAGUGGAUUCACCCUAUGUGUUUAGUUGCUGUGAAUGAUCUAAAAGGCAUUUCUUGUUAUGUGAGCCGGUGCACUCGUGCCAAGGCAAUCUUGUGGUAUCACUGCUAUUAUUAAAUGCCUGGUUUGAGAUAUGGGCUCACUUGAUAGCUCAAGAAAUUAGUAUGGGAACAUGGAGUAUCUCACUUUGUGCUUGCAAAAUUCAGUCCAGAUUGGGUCAGGGACCAGAUAUCACUGCCCUCAGUUGGUUGUUUAAUGGCCUAUAUCUAAGGCUACGAUUUUGUCACAGAGGUUGCAGAAGUCACAGGUGGCAGGGGGCCAAAGGUGACUCGUGGGAGGGACACAAAGGGGGCACCAGCUAAAGGGGAUGUGUCCUCUCCACGUGACUCCUCGCCGCCCCUAGCCUGGGGUCUCUGCACUCUCCCCAUCCCACAUUACCUCAGGGGGCGGGCUCUGUCCUCCCACUGUACCAGCUCUCCCUGCAUGUUCGGCUGCUCUUCCUGGAAGCCAGGCCCCAGAGCUGUUCCCGGAUGCUGCCUGAUGCAACACAGUAGCUGCCUGGGAGAAUGCCUGGCUGCCUCCCGCCCAGGCUUGGCUUCUGGGACAGCAGCUGAGUGAGUUGGAGCCCCCCAGACCUCUCAGAAUUGGCUCCUGUCCCCAGAAGCUGAGCCUGGGCUGGGGGCAGCCUGCUGCUGCUGCAGCCAGGUGCUCUCCCAGUCAGCCACUACACUGUGCCAGGCAGCAUGGCUGGAAGAGGAGAGGCUUUGGCCCAGGCCCGCUGCUGGGGGCACUUGGCCCUCCGUUAUCCUACCAUGAGUCACCCCUGCAGGGGGCCCCCAUGGCUGCCAGCCAUGGAGCUCCCAAUCAGCCAGGAGAUCCUGGAGCUCUGAGCCAUAGGCAAUGGGGGCCCCUGGAGUGCCGAGCUGGGGAUCCCGCAGCUGCCCCAUUGCUGUGGGCAGUGGGGGACACCAGAGCCCCAGCAAUAAUGCAUGCUGGACCCUUAUCCAUAAUAAAAUGGGUAGGGAAAUUUUUAGUACAAGUCAGGGACAGGUCACAGGCUUCCGUGAAUUUUUGUUUAUUGCCCAUGACCUGUCCCUGACUUGUACUAAAAAUAUCCGUGACAAAAUCUUAGCCUUACCUAUAUUCUAUGUUCAAUUUGCUUCAAACUGAAAAGCACAAUUCCUCUCUACUCCCACCCAAAGAAAACCCCACCACCCUUGUUGGCAAUAGGCAUUAAGACAGAACUACCCUUUUUUUGGUAGGUGUUUUUCUUCCACAUCAGCAGAGAGACACUUUACUUAUGUAGUAUAGAGAAGUCUCUGCUUGUUCUAGGCUAGAAUGGUUUUCCCAGGCUUUCAAUAAAUAAUUUUCACCAACAUUUUUGGUUAAAAUUCCACCUACAUGUUUUUAUCUUGUUCAGUCUUCCCAUAUCAGAGAGAAAUGUCCCUAAAGUUGCAGGAACACUAACAAGUGGCUACAUUAUACAGGAUGAUGUUCAAUGAUCUGAGCCAGAAUAUGUAGUGAAACAAUUCACUCAGUUAAUUUAAGGUGACAGAGAACUUGUUGAUGUUACCUUGCCUUAAGUCUCGCACAGUGGGAACUUGUCUCUUUGAAUGGUGAGUUUAGAUUAUGGAAGUCAGUGACCAAAUAUAACUUGAGGGAGAGCAGAUUAAGUGCAGCUAUUUUCUGAACAACUGAUUAACAAUACAUGUAGAAGUUAUAGAAGGUUAAUUAGGAUUCCUAGAUAUAACAUUUUCUUAUCUCAAAACAUAAGUCUUAUAUCUACUGUUACUGUAAUGAAAUGUAGAUUAACUAUUCAACUAGAUGUUAAUGCACUGGUCCAAGAGACUCUAUUAUUCAGUUCCCCAAAUGUAAGGAGUAAAAUUCUGCUCCAUCUUUCUUAGACCACUUCUAAUAAGCAGUCAAUUUGUCUGUGGUUUGACAGGUUUCACUCUACUGUACACUAUUGUAUUGGUCUAUUGUUGGACUUUUCAGGAGGAUUAAGAGUGAAAACGUGUUCUGUCAUGUUUUAACAUUGCUCCAAAGGAGCAUGACCACUUAAAAUAUCUGAGCUGCUAUAUUCAAGGUAUUUUUUGGGGGAAAGAUGGUUAAAGUAUUACUAUUAUGAUUCAUAGCUAAAACUAUUAUUUAGUCAUGGAGGUCACGGAAGUCAUGGAAUCUGUGACUUCCAGCAACCUCAAGGACUUCAGCCUGUGGUGGUUGGGAGCUGCAGGGUCCCCUGCUGCCCACAGGGGGCAGGGAUCUGCAGCAUACUCCUGUCGUCUCUGGCAGCACCUGGAGCUCCUAGCUCCCCACAGCUCCCAGCCCCCACAGGCAGUGGGGAGACCCCCAGAGCUGCAUAUGGCAGGGAUACCCCUCAGCCGCUACAGGCAGCUCCCAGCCUCUGCGCAGCUGCACUGCUUCAGGCAGUGCAUGGACCCGAAGAUCCCCAUUUGUCAUGGAGAUUUUUAGUAAAGUCACGGAUAGGUCACAGCUUCCAUGAAUUUUUCUAUUUUGCCCGUGACCUGUCUGUGACUUUUACUAAAAAUAUCCGUGACAAAAAUCUUAGCCUUAUUCAUAGCCCCUGUGGUGUUAGGCUCCUUUUGGGGUGGAGGGGAGGCUACCUGAUGACUCUUACAUAAAUGGAGAGAGCAGCUGCCAGUCCUGUUGCUGCAGUAGUGGAGUCACCUUGAGUAAUCUUAAAUACCUUAGGCAGUGCCUAUGUCUGCCUGUGAACCAAGGCUGGCAGAUUUCACAGUGCUGGCACUCCCCUUUUUAAGCAGCUAGUAAAGGGGUGCAGAGGCUUCAUCCAAGCACUAGAGCAUAGGGAGUUAACUUCUUGACAAAUUCUGCUCUAAGCAUAAAGGUAUAAGGCACACCUGAAGAGUUAAUUGGCAAUUUAACAACAACAGUCCUGUGCUGUUAAGUGUAAGAGCAUCUAGGAGGGUAUAGUGUCAUACCUGGUAAUAAAGAACAGGGUGUGAGAGCACAAGCUUUGCUUCAUUUCUGUAAUCGGCCUGCCCCUUUAGAACUUCCAAUCCUUGAAACUUAAAAAUAAAGAAUAGAAAGAAAAAGCUGCCUUGAGACUUUU